AGCCUCCUCCUCGCCGCCGCCGCCGCCGCCUCCUCCUUCUCUCCUCCUCCUCCUCUUCCUCCUCCUCCCUCGCGCCCACAGCCAUGUCUGCUUAGACCAGAGCAGCUCCGCCGCCAACCUCGGGCAGCAGCCGCCGCCGCCGCCACAGCCGCCGGGACAGCCGCCGCCGGGCAGCGAUGACAGGAGUGUUUGACAGAAGGGUACCCAGCAUCCGAUCCGGCGACUUCCAAGCCCCGUUCCAGACGUCCGCAGCCAUGCACCACCCGUCUCAGGAAUCGCCAACUUUGCCCGAGUCGUCGGCCACCGAUUCCGACUACUACAGCCCCGCGGGGGCCGCCCCGCACGGCUACUGCUCUCCUACCUCGGCUUCCUACGGCAAAGCGCUCAACCCCUACCAGUACCAGUACCCCGGCGUGAGCGGCGCCGCCGGCAGCUACCCCGCCAAAGCUUACGCCGACUACGGCUACACCAGCCCCUACCACCAGUACGGCGGCGCCUACAACCGCGUCCCCAGCGCCGCCAGCCAGCCAGAGAAAGAAGUGGCCGAGCCCGAGGUGAGGAUGGUGAAUGGCAAACCAAAGAAAGUUCGUAAACCCAGGACUAUUUAUUCCAGCUUUCAGCUGGCUGCGUUACAGAGAAGGUUUCAGAAGACUCAGUACCUCGCCCUGCCCGAACGCGCCGAGCUGGCCGCCUCGCUGGGCCUGACGCAAACACAGGUGAAAAUCUGGUUUCAGAACAAAAGAUCCAAGAUCAAGAAGAUCAUGAAAAACGGGGAGAUGCCCCCGGAGCACAGCCCCAGCUCUAGCGACCCCAUGGCGUGUAACUCGCCGCAGUCUCCGGCGGUGUGGGAGCCCCAGGGCUCGUCGCGCUCGCUCAGCCACCACCCUCAUGCCCACCCUCCGACCUCCAACCAGUCCCCCGCGUCCAGCUACCUGGAGAACUCGGCUUCCUGGUACCCGAGCGCAGCCAGCUCCAUCAAUUCCCACCUGCCGCCGCCCGGCUCCUUACAGCACCCGCUGGCGCUGGCCUCCGGGACACUCUAUUAGACCAGCCGCUUUCUCUUGCUGUCUUUUUUGGGACUACUGUGUCUUGCUGUUUUAGAAAAUCAUAAAAGAAAGGAAUUCAUAUGGGGAAGUUUGGAAACCGGAAACAAAACAAAAAGAGAUUCAUGUGUAAAGCUUUUUUUUUUUUUUUUUU